CCUUUCCCAUCAUCUCCCAUUCAAACACUUCCCUUCCCAUCUUUCUCAUCAUUACACACUAAAACAUGCACCCUUUUCCUACAUUCAUCCUCGUCCUCAUCCUACUCCACACCACCAUCGUCACCGCUACCUCAAACGCUACUAUCACCCAACAUGAUUACGUCAAACUCCAACUCAUCCACAUUAAACCCUUUAAAACCCCUCCCGACAUCCUCCUCUUCGACACCCACCGCAUUCACUCCCUCCACCACCGUCACCACCACCACCACCACAAAAACCACCGUCAUCCCCUCAAAACCCCCCUCAUCUCCGGUGCCUCAAUCGGUUCAGGUCAAUACUUUGCCGGAAUCUCCAUCGGAACCCCCCCUCAAAACCUCCUCCUAGUCGCCGACACCGGCAGCGACCUCACUUGGCUCAAAUGCUCCGCUUGCCGCACCACCAACUGCACCGCCAACCACCCUCCUAACUCUGCUUUCUUCCCUCGCCUCUCCCUCUCCUUCCGCCCCACUCACUGCUACCACCCAUCAUGUCAGCUCGUCCCUCACUCGUCAACCCACUGCCCUCGCCCUCACCAUCCACACCAUUCAUCUUGUUUGUACGACUACUCUUACAUUGACGGGUCAACCACCUCGGGCAUCUUUUCCAAAGAAACGACGUCGUUUAACUCCACCUCCAGCAAAACAAUCCACGUCCCGAACCUCAGCUUCGGGUGCGGGUUCCAAACCUCAGGUCCGGCAGUCUCCAAUACAGGCUUCGAAGGUGCGAGUGGGGUAAUGGGCUUGGGCCGUGGGCCCAUCUCAUUCACGGCCCAAUUAGGCAGACGUUUCGGGAACAAAUUCUCUUACUGCUUACAAGACUACACAUACUCUCCCCCUCCAACUAGCUACCUCGUGAUCGGUGGCGGACACGACGUCGUCCCCACCGAUCACAAUACGGUUCAAUCGACCCCACUUGUACAAAACACACUCUCGCCCACGUUCUACUACAUUGGUAUCCAAUCCGUAACGAUCGACAGUGUGAAAUUACCAAUUAGCCCCUCGGUGUGGGCCCUUGACGAGUUCGGUGACGGCGGUACGGUCAUUGACUCAGGAACGACAUUAACGUUCGUUCCUGAGCCAGCGUACCGUCAAAUACUAACGGUAAUGGGGGAACGAGUGAAGUUGCCUAAACUCAGUGAGUUAACUCAGCAAUUUGAUCUUUGUUUCAAUGUGUCUGGAGUUUAUCAUACGAGGUUUCCUAGGAUGAGUUUCGAACUCGUUGGUGACUCGGUGUUUGACCCGCCGCCGAGGAAUUACUUCAUUGAUGUGGCGGAGGAUGUUAAGUGUCUUGCUAUCCAGCAAGUUAUCUCGCCGUCUGGGUUUGCCGUUAUUGGUAAUCUUAUGCAGCAAGGUUACCUGUUUGAGUUUGAUAAUGACAGCUCACGACUCCUAUUUUCACGUAACGGUUGUGGUGGUGGUACACGCUCGUGAGUCGGGUGAGAUUAGAGGUGUUAAUUCGGAUGCUCGGUCAGGUCUAUUUCAAAGUUAAAUCAUGUUAAAUUUUUAUAUUCAUACCAAUUGAAAUCUAAAUUGGGUAUUUUUUGAGUCAGGUUGGUCGGAUUUAUUUUUAACACCUAGCAGAGUAUAAUGUUAUAAUGUUUGUUUGGUUAAGGGUUUAAGGCUACCCAUUUAUUGUAAUCGGGUGGAUCGUGAGUGGGUAUAAUGUUGGUUAGGUAAUUGAUUAAGGCUACCUAUUUAUUGUAGAUGGGUUCAAUUGAGUCCGAAUGUUGUACAUGUAUCAUUUAUUUAUUUAUUUUUCUAUGAAAUGAUUAGAUUGAUUUUGGUUAA